AUGACGGAAAAUAUCUCGGUGGACCUGGAUCAGCUCCUCGCACGACUCUCGGACACCCUACUCUCGCCGACAGCAGACGACUCCCACAUCCGCGCAACCCCAUACGAACGCAAUCGCGUCAGUGCUAAUGUCGAAUAUGCGCGAACCCUCCUCCUCCGCCUCGAACACAUCACCCAAGACAUCAAGACCCAAACCCAAAAGACCUCCGUCCAAAACGACCUCGCCGACAAACGCAACCUCAUAAAACGUCUAAACACCCGCCUGCUCGAACUGAACCAACUAGCCGCCCUCCACGACGAUGAGGACUCCUCCUCCUCAGAAGACGAAGACGAUGAAAUCCAAAACAGAGCCCGAGAAUUCGCGCCAGCAGUCCAAACUUCCGACACCAUCGACACCGACCCCUCCCUCACAUCGCCGCAACAAGCAGCACAAGACUUAGCCUCGAACCUCCGCAAUAGAGCCUCAGCAACAAAUCCCUCAGCACCCCCGGAUACCGCAACAACAACCGCCCUCUUCGGCAACCGCACCGCUGCGAACCCCACCGCUGCUUCCGGCUCAGAAAAGCUCUCCACAGAACAAGUUCUGGAAUCAGCAAACCGCGAUCAAGAUCUCCUCACCACAUCUCUGGUCACUUUGGCAAAGAGUCUCAAGCAAUCCUCAAUGCAAUUUGCGAGUUCAUUGGAGAACGAGAAGGAAACCUUGAGAAGGGCGGAGUCGGGCUUGGACAAAAACAGUAUGGGCAUGGAAGCGGCGGGGAACAGGAUGAGUACUUUGAGGAGGAUGACGGAGGGCAAGGGGUGGUGGGGGAGAAUCAAGUUGUAUGCUAUAAUCGCUGGGUUGUGGAUUGCGGCGUUCCUAUUGGUGUUCGUGGGACCUAAGUUGAGGUUCUGA